AUGGUAUCCCACAGCGUCACAAACCAGGAAAAUCACGUUGUGCUGGAUGCCAUCUUGCGACUUCUAUCUUCGCUAACGCUCUCUGCCAAUGACACUCAUAAUCUCAUUCAAGUCAUUCUCGAUAGCACUGAUCUAGGCAACUCUAGUUCAUCCACAUCAUCUGCCACUACCUUUCCCACCGCACAGCCGACCUCCAGUAGCACCUUGCUUUCACCCCCUCCCACACAGACUCUCCCACCGAUCCCUUCUGCUACUCUGGCUCCACCUCCACCCCCUUCCACUACUCCAACUCAGUCCCCUGCCCCUUCCCAAAACACACAAAUAUUACCUGACCUCCCAAUGACCAGUAUCAUGGUCAAUGGGAAGGAAAGGUUCCAACAUAAUUAUGAGGGUUUCACAUUCGAUGUUCCGCACAGAGCAGCUGAUGGCCCGUUUUACCUCGUUACCCAUGGUCGUCGGGUUGGAGUCGAACUUCUCUCCAUGUGA